AUGAGCUACUCCCGCAGCAGCGUCUACUCCAGCUCCCACCGCUCCGGUGUCACCCCCGGCAUCGGCUCCGGCCGUCGCUUGGCCCCGCUGAGCAGCGCGGCCAGCGUCUACGCCGGGGCGGGGGGCUCGGGUUCCCGCAUCUCCAUCACCCGCACCAACAGCUUUAGCAGCUCUGGGGGUGGUUAUGGGGCCGGCUAUGGGGCCGGCUAUGGGGCUGGGUUGGGGGGCAGCAUGUUGUUUUCGGGUUCUGGCGUGGUGGUCAACGAGAAGGAGACGAUGCAGGAGCUCAACGAUCGCUUGGCCACCUACUUGGAGAAGGUCCGGAGUUUGGAGCAGGAGAACCGGCGGUUGGAGGUCCAGAUCCGGGAAUUCAUGGCCAAGAAAGGUCCCAGCGCCCAGGACUGGGGCCACCACUGGGACGUCAUCGAGGAGCUGCGGGAGAAGGUGGGGGACGGGGACGUAGCCGGGGUUGGAGCCGCUCAACGCUGUGUCCCCAGGUACGAGGCAGAGCUGGCCAUCCGCCUCUCAGUGGAGAGCGACAUCGUGGGGCUGCGCAAGGUCAUCGAUGACACCAACAUGGCCCGGCUGCAGCUGGAGGGGGAGAUCGAGUCCCUCAAGGAGGAGCUCGUCUUCAUGAAGAAGAACCACGAGGAGGAGGUGAAGAGCCUCCAGUCCCAGAUCUCCAAGUCGGUGUUGACGGUGGAGGUGGACGCGCCCAAGUCGCAGGACCUGGGCAAGAUCAUGGCGGAGAUCCGGGCACAGUACGACGCCCUGGCCCAGAAGAACCUGGAGGACCUGGAGAAGCAAUGGGGGCAGCAGAUCACCGAGAGCACCAUCGAGAUCACGCAGAGCAGCAAGGACGUCGACACGGCCCGCAGCACCGUGGUGGAACUCCGUCGCUCCGUCCAGACCCUGGAGAUCGACCUGGAGUCCAUCCGCAACCAGAAAGCUGGCUUGGAGGCCAACCUGCUGGAGGUGGAGAACCGCUACGCCAUGCAGAUGGAGCAUUUCAACAGCCUGAUCCUGCGGGUCGAGGCGGAGCUGCUGCAGGUGCGCAACGAGCUGCAGCGGCAGGCCGAGGAGUACCAGGCGCUGCUCAAUGUCAAGGGCAAGCUGGAAGCCGAGAUCAUGACCUACCGGCAGCUGCUGGAGGGAGGAGAGGAGUUCAACCUGCAGGACGCCCUGGAGAAGGAGACCACCUCCACCACCCAGAGGACCACCCAGAGGAUGGUGGACGGGAAGGUGGUGACCGAGACGAAGGAGGUGAAGGUGCGGACGUACUGA